CCGUUUAAUGAGUUUGUAGCAAAAAGCUUAAUAUCGGCGUGACCUCGAAGAUUCAUAUAUAUAUAAAUAUAUACCAGUACUAGAGAAUAAAUUACAUUCACAUCUUGUGCAACACAAACCAAACUGUAUUGAACACUUUUUAGGACUACAUGGCAACCCAUGGUAACACAGAUCAAAAUGCUUCUUCUACGUGGUCUAAAGACAAGUGUUUGACCAUAACGUUUGCCGUUGUCCUGUUUAUAAUGGCACUUGGAACUGGCUACAUUUCCAGAGUUGCCCUGCACAUAAUGAUAUGGCAUAUUGGUCCGCCGAUGGAUUUGAAUAACAACAUAUCACGUCUUAGUACUCUAAAUGGAUGGUUGAAACCUAAUUGUUCCACCUGCAACGAUACAACGUUUCAAACUGAUAUGACCAUUAAAGGAACUUGGACCUGGGCAAUAUUUUUAGUCAUUAUAACACCUUAUGUUUUUACGAUUUUGAAAUGUCUUUUUCAAAUCUGCUUUAAGAGUAACAAACAGCAGGCAAACAAAGAGAAGGCAAACAAAGAAAAGACAAACAAAGAGGAGAAGACAAACGAAGAAGAGAAGACAAAUGAAGAGGAGAAGACAAAUGUAGAAGAGAAGACAAACAAAGAGGAGAAAACAAACGAAGAAGAGAAGACAAUCAAAAAGGAGAAGACAAACGAAGAAGAGAAGGCAAAUGAAGAGGAGAAGAAAAACGAAGAAGAGAAGACAAACAAAAAGGCGAAGUCAAAUGAAGAAGAGAAGACAAUCAAAGAGGAGAAGACAAACAAAAAGGAGAAGACAAACAAAAAGGCGAAGUCAAAUGAAGAGGAGAAGACAAUCAAAAAGGAGAAGAUAAACAAAGAAGAGAAGACAAAUGAAAAGGAAAAGACAAACGAAAAGGCGAAAACAAAUGAAGAGGAGACAAACGAAGAAGAGAAGACAAACGAAGAGAAGAAGAUAAAUGAAGAGGGGAAGACAAAUGAAGAAGAGAUGGCAAACGAACAGAAGACAAGCAAAGAAAAGAAAAAAGGAAAGAAGAAAAUAAACGAAGAGGAGAAACCAAACGGAGAAGAGAAGACAAACGAGGAGGAGAAGACAAACGAAAAGGAGAAGACAAACAAAGAGAAGACAAACGAAAAGAAGACCAACGAAGAGCAGGCGUUUAAUAAAAAAACGUUUUUGUUGGUAAGUAAAAAUUAAGAGAUACAAUUUUCAAUCAUCAGCAGACCGUAAAGUACAUAAGAAAUCAAACAAAAUCAAUAUAUAACAGGAUUUCGCGUGCAUGUCACGUGGCAACCAGAAUCCAUGUUACAACUUUUAGUUUUAGAUACAUGAUUUUUUCAUUAGUUGUUAUUGGCUUUGAACAAGUUUUCAGUAAUUGAGUGUACUCUUAGAUCUGUUUAUCAUAUAUUUUUUCAUUUAUUGUUUUUUUUUUUACAUUUAUAAUCAGGCCGCUAGUUUUCUCGUUGAAUUAUUUUACAUUUGUCAUUGCGGGUUAAAAA